CGGUAGUUGGCGAACGUUCUCAGUAGCGCGGCUCCGUUUCAGUCGUGCGGAAGCAGCCGACCGUUGCACGUGUUCACCAACCGGACGAAAACCGUCAACAUCCAUGGGUUACCAGUACCCGUUCUCGCAUCUGGAUACUUCGUACUGAUUUUAACAAAAUGGAAAUGCACAAGAACCCCAACGAGAAGAAUUCCAUGCACGACGAGAUGUCGUUGAAGGAGCCUCAUAGGAAUGGCAGCACGUAUGGAGCCUUCCAGUCGAAGGACCCAAUCUUGGCGGUCGAAAAAGGCGCCGAGAUGACAGGAGGAACCAACGAGCAUGGAAUUUCCGUUCACCAUCCAACCUCGUAUUUAGAAACAAUGAUGCACCUGUUCAAAGGUAACGUCGGCUCGGGUAUCUUUGCGCUAGGGGAUGCUUUCAAGCAUGCUGGGUUGCUGCUGGCUCCACCGCUUACGAUAUUCCUGGGGGUUAUUUGUGUUCAUGCUCAGCACAUACUUGUAAGGUGUAACGAAGAGGUGACGCGUCGCGUUAAUGAUCCGAGUGCUACGACCGGAUUCGCUGGUACCGUGGAAUUGUGCUUUGCCACAGGUCCUCUCUCACUCCGAAAAUACUCCGUGUUUAUGAGACAAUUGGUUAAUGUAUUUUUAUGUAUCACGCAACUCGGAUUUUGCUGCGUUUAUUUCGUUUUCAUUGCGAAGAAUAUGAAGCAGGUGUUGGACGUGUACGGGAUCGAGAUGAGUUAUCAUCAACACAUGGCUGUGAUCCUGAUCCCUAUAAUGCUGAGCACGUGGAUCAGAAACCUGAAGUACCUGGUACCAAUCUCGUCGAUGGCGAACUUUUUGGUCAUCGCUGGCUACGUCGCCACCAUGUAUAUAAUGUGCCACGAUCUGCCGCCGAUCUACGAGAGGCGGUACAUAGCCGAUUGGCACGAGCUGCCGCUGUUCUUUGGCACCGUGAUAUACUCUUUCGAGGGUAUCACUUUGGUUUUACCUUUGAAAAAUGAAAUGAAGAAACCGAGCAAUUUCAAUAAGCCACUGGGAGUCUUAAAUGUCGGGAUGGUAAUCGUUGGUGGGAUGUUCGUUGCAUUGGGAUUUAUAUCAUAUUUAAAGUACGGCGACGCAGUGGCGGGAUCCGUUACGUUGAAUCUCGAGUCGACGGAGGUGGUGGAUGGAAACAACGUCAGCUAUUCAAGAUUGCCUCAGUGUAUAAAAGUCGCCAUCUCGUUGAGUAUACUGCUCACGUAUGCACUGCAAUUUUACGUACCCAUCGCGAUCAUUUGGCCCAAGAUCGUCAAUGGUUUCGGCCCUUUCAAAUGGCCCGUCCUCUCAGAGACCAUCUUCCGCUCCGCGAUGUGUCUGCUGACAUUUAUCCUGGCCGAGGCGAUACCGCAGCUGGGCCUGUUCAUAUCGUUGGUUGGAGCGGUUAGUAGCACUGCCCUCGCCUUGAUAUUCCCACCGAUCAUCGAGAUGGUCGUGUGCUGGCAGAACGCGUCGCUGAGCAUGUUCACAAUAUCAAAAGACAUUCUGAUAGUGCUGAUCGGUUUACUGGGCUUCGUUACGGGGACGUACGAGAGCAUUACGUCGAUCAUCCAAGCGUUCAGCACGUAAUUAGGAUAAUCCUAGUUCGUUUGUACAGAUA